AUGGCACGGAAUCGCUCUGAACCCGACAAGAGGUCUCUACAAACUGUUCUGCAAGAGACAACCACUGCUGCUACCACCAGAGCAGCCGAGGGUCAGAAAAUCUUCAGCCCAAUAGCUGCUUUUCUUGAUAAACACCGCAACCAGACGGCUGGCCUCAGCCCUCAUCUACAGGGAGCUCUUGCCACUCUAAGUGAUAAUCUAGCCACUGUGGCUCAACACCAUUUUAAUGCCUAUAUAAGUGGCAUCACUCCUACUUCCUCUAUCCAUUCCCCUGCCCCAGCCCUUUCCCCUAUCCCCAGUCCCCUUCCCCCUAUGCCCCCUUCCUCUCGUCCCCCCUCCGGCCUCGCGCAGUCCUCCUAUGCAACAAUCACCAAGUCCAACCCAGCCAGAUCAGGUACUACUAUAAAACAAAUAAAGCCACCUACGAAAAAGCCUACACCUGACGUAAAACAAUCUCUCCCUGACUACCGCCUCUUCGUACGUCUCUCAAUAGACCAUGCCGCAAAAAUGAUGGACUCUUACACGAUCUAUACUAGCCUCUGGGCCCAACUAGGUAUUAACAGCAAUGCCUUGAAAGAAGUACAAACUACAAAGACUGGGUUCGCUCUCUGUCCUGCAACUAUGGAGGCCCUUUCAACCCUUGAGGCUCAAAAGGAAGUCAUAUCGACAGUUACAAACCUGCCAAGAAAGAUUGGCCAAAUCACCAAUGGCCAAUACUCCAUGAUCCCAGUCGACCCUGCGAUACUAUCUACUGAAAUUGCUGAGCAAACAGGCUAUAGACCCAUAUCUGUCAGUGAGACUACCGCUAGUGCUGCCAAUGUCAACUCACCAUCUUCAAGCUGGUUUAUCAAUUUCUCAGAAGACUCAAAAGCCUCUCUCUUAACCCGGCUCCGCCUUUUCGGCACUAUCACCAAUGCUCGCUUCCUUACUAGGAAGAAAUGGCAUAAUGCACGGUCCUGCGCACGAUCCCCAAGAUGUCGACUCUGCAGCUCAUCAGAACAUAUAGAAGAAGAACAUAAUAAUAGCUUAGAAAUCCGCAAAACAUGCGCCAUCAACCUAGCAAAGGCCCGUACAGAACAAGGCUGCUCCUCAGAGUCAUCUGCUACCACACAAGAGCAGCACAUGGUCAUAGAUACUCCACCUACACAAAUCCAGGUCGCCUCACCUUUCCGACCAACCACCCCCCCACCUCUGGCGCCCUCUCAGGAACCUCCUGUCACAGCUAGCGUGGUGCGCUUUGCAACCCCCAAACCACAAAACCGGUUCAACUCACUUCUUGAAGAACACCUAUGA